GAAGAACUGAGGUUGUUGAUCGGCGCGAACAGCAACAUCGACGGCACCAUGGAGCCCUCGCAGGAUGAUGUGAAUCAAGUCGCUCCUCAAGCAGAGGCAGUGCUUGAACCGCCACCAGUCGAUGGCGUGCAGCAACACUCACCUCCCGUGAACCAGUACCCUGCAGCGUCUGCGGCCUCGUCGUACCCGCCACCUCCUCAAAACAGAAGCCGCAGUCCGUAUCGAGGUGGUGGCCGCAACCGGUCCAGAUCGCGUAGCCCUCCCCGUCGACGGUCGCGCAGUCCGCCUUAUCGGGGUCGCAGGAGGUCCUACGAGCGCGACGAUCGUUUCCGCGGCCCUGGUGGCCCCGAGCAGUAUCCACAACGUGUGGAGACGGAGGCGUUGGAAUCGUACAAGGCGUUCAUGAUGCGCCAAGAGGACAACGUGGCCCCGGAAGUGUGCCUGCAACGCUACGAAGACUACAAGAAGCGCGUGCUUGUCAAGUCGAGUCGGUCGUUCUUCGAUCUGCACAAGAUGGAGGAGUGGUUGCAGGAACGGUAUUCUCCCGCCAUUCGCCAUCGCCACCAACAGCAAAAGCUGUCCAAGAAGCGAGCCGACGCCAAGGCCUUUGCCGAUCGCGUCAAGACGACCCCGCUGUCGUUCGACGAAGCGGCGUGGGGCGACGACGCGCCUUCGUCGCAGCCACCGGCGUCCGACCUCGAGGACAGCGCCCGAUUGUUGUACAUCCGCCGCAUUCCGUGCUCGUGUCCGUUCGCGGUGCUGUCGGAAGCCAUUCACAAUCAAGGAGCGUUCGACGACCUGCUCUUGUCCGACCCGUUGAAAAAGAAGGACAUGGAGUACGAGCGGUCCGCGUACAUCUUGUACCCCACGGCCGCCGCCGCCACCGCCGCCAUGCCCAAGCUGCAAAACUUGCUCGUGGAGGCCCCGGAAAUGCCCCAUCCCCUUCGUUUGCAGGUCAUGAUCUACCGCACCCGCGCACCACUCAAGACGCCGUCGUACAUGUCGCUGCCCGACCGCAUUGCGUUUGACUUUGACCAGGCUCUCUACUUGGCCAAGCUCCUGGACAAACAAUCGUUUAGCAAUGAUGAAACAGUCGGGAUCGAAGCCAUCUUGGCUGACGUGGAGGCCGCGACGACAGCCCACCGCCUCGAUGUGGUCAUUGCGUACCUCCGCCGUGUCCACUACUUUAUUUAUUACGCAGGCGUCCAGUGCUUGGACAUGGGCGACGUCAUGCACGCGUACCCCGCCGUGUUUGUCCGUCCGGCCGCUACUGACAGAGACAUUGACGAUGACAAGACGGUAACCCACAAGGUGUUUUCGGACGGCGGCGCCACAGCUGGCAGUGGAUGGGGCGCGUGGUCCGUGUCCCUGGACGAGCGGAUCGCCGCGCAUCUCAAGGCGAACGCGCCGAGUGUGGUGGAAGCCAAGCGCGCGGCCGAGCUGGCGAUGGUCCACGACAUCGAAGCGCGCGAAGAGGUGGCGCUCGAGCCCGUGUACCAUUCGUACACGGAGAAGGCGGGCGACGACGGCAAGCACCGGUGCCUCCUCUGCACCAAACUGUUCAAGAGCGUCGAGUUUGUGAAAAAGCACAUUCGAAACAAACACCCUGAGCUCGUGGUCGAGAAGAUUGUUAGCGCCGGAGAAGGCUGCAUGUGGGACGAGUACCGCGAAGACCCAGAUCGACCCAUGGACCCGAUCGUGAUGACCAACCAACCAGUGGUGCAGCUGCGGGGGGGUGCCGGGUACGACUCGCGCAGUCGGGACAGCAGCUACUAUGGCCGUGGAGGAGGGGGAGGAGGGUACCGACAAGCGCCUUCGUACUACGACAACGGCGGCGGGCCUCGGGGAGGAGGCUACCGCGGAGGUCGCGGCGGUGGCGGCUACCACAAUGCCCCCAACUACCCGCGCCGAUACGACGCGCGCCCGCCGCCGCCGCGGUCGGACGGCCGUCCGUUGCCCGUGGACCCGCGCCAGAUCUCAACGUCGUACCAGGACUUGGACUCGAUCCAUACGCCAGCGGUGAAAUUGGACUUUCAAGACGCGUUGGGGAGCCUGCCGCCGCCGAAAAAGUUGAAAAAGGCCGACGACGGGCAUGUCGACGGAUGAUAAACCGCGGGGGGUUCCGUCCUUUUAUCGGACCCCGUUGGGUAUUUUUAACAUGAUCAAACGUGUGUUAAACAAUAAAAAGCAUAUCGAUAUAUUGUCGAUUUGGU